AUGACCCAGAUCAGGAACCAACUGGCGCAGCUCAACAGGAGUGCCAAGGACCUCUUUAUUGCCUUUGUAAGUUACCCCUCCAACCCCUGGGGACCAAGGAAUGAGAGUGUGGGCCUGAGAUUUCGCCUGUCCAUUCAACCAGUGCUUAGCCCUUUCUGCCUGCUCAUCUCACCUCUGGACAGGAACUUGAUUCUUUACCAAUCCAAGGCCCAGGGCAAGCCAUUCCCCAGUGAUAUGCGUAAGAUAUGCAGCCACGGCUUUAUUAAGUUCCCACCUUUCCAUGCCAACGGCACGGAAAAGGACAAGUUGGUGGAGCUCCACAGCAUCACGGUCUUCUUUGUCUUCUCCCUGGAUGACAUCACCAAGUUCCAGAAGACCUUCAUCCGCAAGGAUCAGAACCUCCACAGCAAGCUUAAGUCUACGAUGGACAUCUUGGCAGGGCUCCGCAGCAACAUGCUCUGCCGCCUGUGCAGCGGGCACAACAUGAGGCCGACGGACCCGAUCUCUGGCCUCGACAUCUCACAGAAGGACUGGUUCCACAAGAAGAAGCUGGGUUGUGAGCUCCUGAUAAAGUACGCACGGCUCAUCCCUGUGCUAGCCCGGGACUUCUAG